AUGGAUGUUUCGUCCAACAUGGGGUGUCCCGCCCCUUUCUCAUUCAGCUCCUGUGACGAUGCCGCAAAGGGCGCGUCUUCGGGCGCUGAGCCCCACAACCGGCCUGCUGCCCGGAGACGCCAUUCCCACUUUAUGCAGAGGAGGAAGUCUAUUGUCAAUCAUCUCAUGGACGGCGAGGAGGCCCUGCUUCUCAAAUUGGAUCUUUUCUUGACCGAGCUCGAGCGGCGGCUUGAGUACUGGGAGAAUUAUGCCGAGCUUAGCUUGGAUUCGAACAUCUCGGCCGCUCUUGAGACGUUGCAGGCUGUCCGGACACGAUGCUCGCAAGCCUCGGAGGAAGUCAUGGGGGCUGGGCGGAGGCGGCUGCACGUCAUGGUAGAGACGCUCGAGUCUAGCUAUCACGAGGCCCUGUCUGCGGCUAGCUCGUUGAACGAGAAGGCAAAGGUUGGCAUCGAACUGCUCGAUGAGAUGCUGCAAGAGAUGGAGGAACAGGUGGCCAAGUUCCGCGAGAAGGGGCUGGCGAAUGCUGCCGAGAGCCUCAUGGACGAGGCCCACCGCGUGGUCGACGGGGGCAUCGAGAGGGCGAUUCGUGCGGCGGAGACCCUCGAAGACCAUGUUCAGCGCGCCAUCGCCCGGGCUAGAGAGCACGGCCUGCUCCGGUACGAGGAUCUACCGAUGCCCUGGAGGACCAACCCGCACAUCACCAAGGGCUACCGCUUUUCCGAGACCAAACUGGCCUGCGUGAGGUCAGCCUUCAGCUUCUCCAACGAACUUGUCAAUAUCUGGUCCCAUACUAUCGGCCUCGUCCUCGUCCUGGCCGUCGCCUUCUACUUCUACCCCACGAGUACAAACUUCUCCCAGAGCUCCAAGGCCGACAUCUUCAUCGCGGCUGUCUUCUUCUUCGCCGCUUGCCAGUGUUUGAUCUGCAGCGUCAUCUGGCACACCAUGAGCUCAGUCGCCGAUGUCGGCCUCAUCUCCAUGUUCGCCUGUGUCGAUUAUACCGGCAUCUCCCUACUGAUCGCUGCUUCCAUCAUGACGACUGAGUACACCGCCUUCUACUGCGAGCCAGUGAGUCGUUGGGUCUACAUGGUUACCACCGCGCUCUUAGGAAUCGGCGGCGUCGUCCUCCCCUGGCAUCCGCGGUUUAACGGUGCGGACAUGGCGUGGGCGAGAGUUGCCUUCUACGUUGCGCUCGCCGCCACCGGUUUUCUCCCGAUUGUCCAGCUUUCCAUCGCGCGUAGUCCCGAGGCUGUCUUCGAGUUCUACACUCCGAUUGGCAAAUCCCUUUUUGUUUAUCUACUCGGCGCUUUAGUCUAUGCUAGCAAGGUGCCUGAGCGGUGGCGCCCGGGCAUGUUUGACUACGUCGGUGGCAGCCACAACUUAUGGCACAUUGCCGUGCUCGGGGGGAUUCUGUUUCAUUACACAGCUAUGCAAGAGCUGUUCGCCCACGCCUUCAAGCUUGCUAGAGACGGUUGCACGGCAUACUAA